AUGGAGAAAGACCAGGCGCUGGAUGCUGUUCUUGGGGACUGUGUUUGCGCUGGUGUGUGUGUCUGUCUCUCUUUGUCUGUAUGUCCAUAUACAGAAUGUUUGUGUGUGUGUGUGUGUGUGUGUGUGUGUGUGUGUCAGAGGGCUGCUCAGCAUAGUAAUAUGGUGUCAACGCCCCUUCUGCCGAGCCAUGAUGAUGUCAUCCUCCCACAGAGCAGGAGACUGUGGAGGACCAUCGAUCUGACAGUGUGUGGUGUCUGGUGUGUGUGUGUGAUAGUGUUUGUGUGUGUGAUGGUGUUUGUGUGUGUGAUGGUGUUUGUGUGUGUGAUGGUGUUUGUGCGCUAGUGGGUGUGUCUGUGUGCAUCAGUGUGUCUGUGUGUGGUGGGAUUUUCUGUAUUCUGGUAGAUAAACUUGGCUUCCUGAGGGGCUUCCCUCGAAUGAGACGAUAUCUAAGUAUACCCCACUGUCUUCUAUUUCACGAAGGACAACCAACACACACACACACACACACACACAAACAAACUGAGACUGAGACUAAUGGGAAAGGUCACCUGGUUGCUAGGCGAUAGAACCAUCCAAGAGAGAGAGAGAGAAACAGAGAGAGAAGUAGAGAGAGAGAGAUCUACACAGAGAGGCUGAGAGAGAGAGAAUCUAACCACUUCUGGGAAAAUUGGAAAACUCUGAACAAACAACAACACAAAGAGUUAUCUAUCCAAAACGGAGAUGUAUGGAUAAACCACUUCUCCAAUCGUUUUGGCCCUAUUACAAAGAACAAACAGCAAAAACAUAUACAUGAUCAAAUAAAAAUCUUAGAAUCAACUAUUAAAGACUACCAGAACUCACUUGAUUCUCCAAUUACAUUGAAUGAACUACAGGACAAAAUACAAACCCAAAAAGGCCUGUGGGGUUGAUGGUAUCCUAAAUUAAAUGAUAAAAGGUCCCGUGUAGCUCAGUUGGUAGAGCAUGGCGUUUGCAACGCCAAGGUUGUGGGUUCGAUUCCCACAGGGGGCCAGUAUGAAAAAAUUAGGAUCUGGCUAAAAAUACUUGAAUCAGUUAUAGGACCCAUUGCCCUUUAUGGUUGUGAGGUCUGGGGUCCGCUCACCAACCAAGAAUUCACAAAAUGGGACAAACACCAAAUUGAGACUCUGCAUGCAGAAUUCUGCAAGAAAUAUCCUCUGUGUACAACGUAAAACACCAAAUAAUGCAUGCAGAGCAGAAUUAGGCCGAUACCCGCUAAUGAUCAAAAUCCAGAAAAGAGCCGUUAAAUUCUACAACAACCUAAAAGGAAGCAAUUCCCAAACCUUCCAUAACAAAGCCAUCAUCUACAGAGAAAUUAACCUGGAGAAGAGUCCCCUAAGCAAGCUGGUCCUGGGGCUUUGCUCACAAACACAAACAGACCCCACAGCCUUGCUAUUGGCAGACCUGGCUGUCAAGAGAAGACAGGCUAUGUGCACACUGCCCACAAAAUGAGGUGGAAACUGAGCUGCACUUCCUAACCUCCUGCCAAAUGUAUGACCAUAUUAGAGAUACAUAUUUCCCUCAGAUUACACAGACCCACAAAGAAUUCAAAAACAAAUCCAAUUUUGAUAAACUCCCAUAUCUAUUGGGUGAAAUACCACAGUGUGCAAUCACAGCAGCAAGAUUUGUGACCUGUUGCCACAAGAAAAGGGCAACCAGUGAAGAACCUAUAUUUAUGUUUAUUUUCCCUUUUGUAUUUUAACUAUUUGCACAUCAUUACAACACUGUAUAUAGACAUAAUAUGACACUUGAAAUGUCUUUGUUCUUUUGGAACUUUUGUGAGUGUAAUUUUACAGUUAUUUGUUAUAGUUUAUUUCACUUUUGUUUGUUAUCUACAGUCAGGUACAUAAGUAUUUGGACAGUGACACAAUUUGCAUCAUUUUGGCUCUGUACGCCACCACAAUGGAUUUGAAAGGAAACAAUCAAGAUGUGCUUGAAGUGUAAACUUCCAUCUUUAAUUUAAGGGUUUUGUCAAAAUUAUUGUAUGAACCGUGUCGGAAUUACAACCAUUUUUACACAUAGCCCCCCAAUUUUAGGGGCUCAAAAGUAAUUGGACAAACUAACAUAAUCAUAAAUUAAAUUGUGAGUUUUAAUACUUGGUUGCAAAUCCUUUGCAGUCAAUGACUGCCUGAAGUCUGGAACCCUUAGACAUCACCAGAUGCUGGGUUUCUUCCCUGGUGAUGCUCUGCCAGGCCUUUACUGUAGCUGUCUUCAGUUCCUGCUUGUUCUUGGGGCGUUUUUGCUUCAGUUUUGCCUCCAGCAAGUGAAAUGCAUGCUCAAUUGGAUUCAGGUCAGGUGAUUGACUUGGCCAUUGCAGAACAUUCCACUUCUUUGCCUUAAAAAAGUAUUGGGUUGCUUUCGCAGAACGCUUCGGGUCAUUGUCCAUCUGCACUGUGAAGCUCCGUCCAAUGAGUUUUGAAGCAUUUGACUGAAUCUGAGCAGAUAAUAUAGCCCUAAGCACUUCAGAAUUCAUCCUGCUGCUUUUGUCAGCAGUCACAUCAUCAAUAAAUACAAGGGAACCAGUUCCAUUGGCAGCCAUACAUGCCCACGCUAUAACACUACCUCCACCAUGCUUCACAGAUGAGGUGGUAUGCUUCGGAUCAUGAGCAGUUCCUUCCCUUCUCCAUACUCUUCUCUUCCCAUCAUUCUGGUACAAGUUGAUCUUUGUCUCAUCUGUCCAUAGGAUGUUGUUCCAGAACUGUACAGGCUUUUUUAGAUGUUUUUUGGCAAACUCUAAUCUGGUCUUCCUGUUUUUGAGGCUUACCAAUGGUUUACAUCUUGUGGUAAACCCUCUGUAUUUACUCUGGUGAAGUCUUCUCUUGAUUGUUGACUUUUACACAGAUACGCCUACCUCCUGGAGGGUGUUCUUGAUCUGGCCAACUGUUGCGAAGGGGUUUUUCUUCACCAGGGAAAUAAUUAUUCUGUCAUCCACCACAGUUGUUUUCUGUGGUCUUCCGGGCCUUUUGGUGUUCCUGAGCUCACCAUUGCUUUCUUUCUUUUUAAGAAUGUACCAAAUAGUUGAUUUGGCCACACCUAAUAUUUUUGCUAUCUCUCUGAUGGGUUUGUUUUUCAGCCUAAUGAUGGCUUGCUUCACUGGCAGUGAGCUCUUUAGACUUCAUAUUGAGGGUUAACAGCAACAGAUUCCAAAUGCAAAUUCCACACUUGAAAUCAACUCUAGACCUUUUAUCUGCUUACUUGUAAAUGAACUAAUGAGGGAAUAACACACACCUGGCCAUGGAACAGCUGAGCAGCCAAUUGUCCAAUUACUUUUGGUCCCUUAAAAAGGGUGGGGGGGACCACAUAUAAGCAUUGAAAAAGUUCAUCCAUUCUUCUCUAAUUAAAAAUCUCUCCUUAAUUUCUGAAUCAUGCUUGUAACGUCAGUAGCUACAGUAGACUAUGCUUCGGAGGGAGGGGAGGGGGGGGGGGGGGGGGGGGGGGGGCAGGUAGCCUACACACACACACACACUGGUAAAGAUGUUCAGCUGGCAGGCAGACACUGGAAUAAGUUUCUGAAUGACAGAGGGCUUGAAAAAAAUGCCCAGAACGUAAAAUCAUGUUAUAAAAUCUAACCGGUUCCCAUGCUUUUAAAAUAACGUUUCAGUUCCGGAACAUUUUAGUUCUGGGUUUUCUGAGAUUACACAGGAAGUGACUCUGUAGGGUUCCGGUGUGUUGACAGAAAGUAGUCUGUCCCAACAGAUUGCAGGUGGAGCGUUGCCGUGGUGAUGUUUCUGUCUGCUGACUUCACUUCCUGUUUAAAGAAAAACAUGCCAGGGUGUUAACGGUAAAGCACCAGGUGUUGUGUUUCAAAAAAGCGUGUGUGUGUGUGUGUUUCCUUGUUACGUGCGUGUGCGCGUGUGUAUAAUACUGUAUAUACCACUUAGAAUACUAUUUUAUAAGGACUUCCAGUCCUGUGUAUCAUUGACUCCCCACCUAUACCAGGUUACUCUUUAACUCUAUAUCAGACAUUAUGGUAGCGUCCCAAAUGGUACCCUAUUCCCUUUAUAGUGCACUACUUUUAACCAGGACCCCUAUAGAGAAUAGGGUGCCACUUGGACGCCUAUAUAUCACUUUCCUUCCACAUAUAUGUCUUGUAGGUCAGACGGUAGUGUAGCUCACUGCUCUCCUGUCGUGUGUGUGUGUGUGUGUGUGUGUGUGUGUGUGUGUGUGUGUGUGUGUGUCUGUGUGUGUGUGUGUGUGUGUGUGUCUGUGUGUCUGUGUCUGUGUGUGUGUAGCUCACUGCUCUCCUGUCGUGUGUGUGUCUGUGUGUGUGUGUGUGUGUGUGUCUGUGUCUGUGUGUGUCUGUGUCUGUGUGUGUGUGUGUGUGUGUGUGGCUGGCUCACCGCUCUACUGUCAUCUCUGAGAUUAUUUAUUACCAUUUGUUCUUUUAUAAGAUACAGUGCAUUCGGAAAGUAUUCACACCCCUUGACUUUUUCCACAUUUUGUUACGUUACAGCCUUCUUCUAAAAUUGAUUAAAUUGUUUUUUUCCCCCUCAUCAAUCUACACACAAUACCCCAUAAUGACAAAGCGACAGCAAGUUUUUAGACAGAAAUACCUUUUUUACAUAAGUAUUCAGACCCUUUGCUAUGAGACUCGAAAUUGAGCUCAGGUGCAUCCUGUUUCCAUUGAUCUUCUUUGAGAUGUUUCUUCAAUUGAUUGGACAUGAUUUGGAAAGGCACACACCUGUCUAUAUAAGGUCCCACAGUUGACAGAGCAUGUCAGAGCAAAAACCAAGCCAUGAGGUUGAAGGAAUUGUCUGUAGACCUCCGAGACAGGAUUGUGUCGAUGCACAGAUCUGGGGAAGGGUACCAAAACAUUUCUGCACCAUUGAAGGUCCCCAAGAACACAUUGGCCUCCAUCAUUCUUAAAUGGAAGAAGUUUGGAACCACCAAGACUCUUCCUAGAGCUGGCCGCCUGGCCAAACUGAGCAAUCGGGGGAGAAGGGCCUUGGUCAGGGAGGUGACCAAGAACCCGAUGGUCACUCUGACAGAGCUCCAGAGUUCCUCUUUGGAGAUGGGAGAGCCUUCCAGAAGGACAACCAUCUCUGCAGCACUCCACCAAUCAGGCCUUUAUGGUAGAGUGGCCAGAUGGAAGCCACUCCUCAGUAAAAGGCACAUGACAGCCCGCUUGGAGUUUGCCAAAAAGGCACCUAAAGGACUCUGACCAUGAGAAAACAGAUUCUCUGGUCCAAUGAAACCAAUAUUGGACUCUGUGGCCUGAAUGCCAAGUGCCACGUCUGGAAGAAACCUGGCACCAUCCCUACGGUGAAGCAUGGUGGUGGCAGCAUCAUGCUGUUGGGAUGUUUUUCAGCGGCAGGGACUGGGAGACUGGUCAGGAUCGAAGGAAAGAUGAACGGAGCAAAGCACAGAGAGAUCCUUGAUGAAAACCUGCUCCAGAGUGCUCAGGACCUCAGACUGGGGCAAAGAUUCAUCUUCCAACAGGACAACGACCCUAAGCACACAGCCAAGACAACGCAGGAGUGGCUUCGGGACAAGUCUCUGUAUGUCCUUGAGUGGCCCAGCCAGAGUCCGGACUUGAACCCGAUCAAACAUCUCUGGAGAGACUUGAAAAUAGCUGUGCGGCGACGCUCCCCAUCCAACCUGACAGAGCUUGAGAGGAUCUGCAGAGAAGAAUGGGAGAGACUCCUCAAAUACAGGUGUGCCAAGCUUGUAGCGUCAUACCCAAGAAGACUCGAGGCUGUAAUCACUGCCAAAGGUGCUUCAACAAAGUACUGAGUAAAGGGUCUGAAUACUUAUGUAAAUGUCAUAUUUACGUUUUUUUAUUUAUAAUAAAUUUGCAAACGUUUUUAAAAACCUGUUUUUGCUUUGUCAUUAUGGGUUAUUGUGUGUAGAUUGAUGAGGGGGAAAAGCUAUGUAAUCCAUUUUAGAAUAAGGCUGUAACGUAACAAAAUGUGGAAAAAGUAAAGGGGUCUGAAUACUUUUCGAAAGCACUGUAUUCGAUCUGUAUAACUCAACUUGUAUUGAUUUAAACGUCAUAUAUCCAGCCUGUAAGCCAGUCUGACUCUGCAUCAGCCCACUUCUGUCUCCUUUCUGACGAGAGACAUGUAUAGCUACAGUAACUAGCAGCCACAAACACACUGAACACUAUACAACUAUACACCUAUUUUCAUUAGAGGGUCUAGAUCUUUAGAAAAGCCACAAACACACUGAACACUAUAUAACUAUACAACUAUUUUCAUUAGAGGGUCUAGAUCUUUUGAAAAGCCACAAACACACUGAACACUAAACAACUAUUUUCAUUAGAGGGUCUAGAUCUUUAGAAAAGCCACAAACACACUGAACACUAUUCAACUAUACAACUAUUUUCAUUAGAGGGUCUAGAUCUUUAGAAAAGCUAUACUUGGAAAAUGUUAUAUUUCGACAUUUAUUGAUUGACUAUAUUACUCCCAGACAUUGCUAUACUGCUUUACAGCUAUAAUAUAUCCCUCUCUUCCUCUUUUGUAGCUGUAUAAUAUUGGUCUGUGAUAAUCUCCAGUUGUAAACCAUAACCGGCAGACCAGGGAUUCCCCUAGUAUAAUGUUGACUGAAUCUUUCUCUCUCUGAAACUGAUCUGAAAUCAGCUACAACUAUACUGCUGUCUGUCAGUGGGUUUGAAGCGGAGGAUUAUUGCAUUGUGUUUGACACCAAAGUUGUAUGCUUAAAGCUACAGUCUGGGAUUCAAACAACAACACGGCUGCCCCGCCACAUAUACAGUAUCAUUCAUUUAAAAGUAAAAUAAAUCCCAGACAGUAGCUUAAAGCUAGCAGGGUCAUACAGUAUGUUCAGCACCACUCCUCCCUCCCCUCCUCCCUCCUCCUCUACUCUCCUCCCUCCUCCUCUACUCUCCUCCCUCCCUCCUCCCUCCUCCGUCCUCCCUGCUCCCUCCUUCGUCCUCCCUCCUCCCUCCCUCUCCCUCCCUCCUCCGUCCUCCCCUGCUCCCUCCUCCGUCCUCCCUCCUCCUCUACCCUGCUCCUCCCUCCGUCCUCCCUCCUCCUCUACUCUCCUCCCUCCCUCCUCCCUCCUCCUCUACUCUCCUCCCUCCCUCCCUCCUCCCUCCUCCUCUACUCUCCUCCUCCCUCCCUCCUCCCUCCUCCUUCCUCCCUGCUCCCUCCUUCGUCCUCCCUCCUCCUCUCACUGCUCCCUGCUCCCUCCUCCGUCCUCCCUGCUCCCUCCUCCGUCCUCCCUCCUCCUCUACCCUGCUCUUCCCUCCGUCCUCCCUCCUCCUCUACUCUCCCUCCUCCCUCCUCCUCUACUCUCCUCCCUCCCUCCUCCCUCCUCCUCUACUCUCCUCCCUCCCUCCUCCGUCCUCCCUCCUCCCUCCUCCCUCCUCCGUCCUUUCUGCUCCCUCCUCCCUCCUCCUCCUCUCACUGCUCCCUGCUCCCUCCUCCGUCCUCCCUCCUCCUCUACCCUGCUCCCUCCUCCCUCCUCCGUCCUCCCUCCUCCUCUACAACCUAUUCUAUAUAGAGGCAAAGGAAAGAUGAGAUUUUCUGAUGGAAAGAGGAGAGACAGAAAUGAGAGAGAGGGAAGCUAAAGGGUAGGGAUGGAGAGAGAGGGAGAGAGAGAGGGAAGCUGAGGGGUAGGGGUGGAGAGAGAGGGAGGGGUAGGCGUGGAGAGAGAGGGAGAGAGAGAGAGAGGGAAGCUAAGGGGUAGGGGUGGAGAGAGAGGGAGGGAAGGGUAGGGGUGGAGAGAGAGGGAAGCUAAGGGGUAGGGGUGGAGAGAGAGGGAGGGGUAGGGGAGGAGAGAGAGGGAGGGAGGGAGGGGUACGGGUGGAGAGAGCGGGAGAGAGAGAGGGAAGCUAAGGGGUAGGGGUGGAGAGAGAGGGAGGGAGGGUUAGGGGUGGAGAGAGUGCGGGAGGGAGGGGUAGGGAUGGCGAGAGAGGGAGGGGGGGAGAGAGGGUGAGAGGGUGAGAGAGGAGGAGAGGGAAAAGAGAUGCCUGAUAUACCUGCAUGUGCUACCUGUGAUGUGCUGGUUCUAUCCGUCUGCAGUUUGUGGGUUAUUACCAGAACAGACGAAGGGAGGGAGAGAGAGUUCUAUUGUUGACCCAUUUUCUCAGACUCAGUGAGAAACACUCUCCAGGGAACCAAUGUCUGAUUCUGUCUUCAGAGAGGGAGAGCGAGAGAUAGAGGGAGGGAGAGAGAUAGAGAGAGAGAUGGGUGGAGAGAUAGGGAGAGGUAGGUGAGAGGGGGAGAGAGAGAGCGGGGGAGACUAGAAAUAGAGGGAGAGAGCUAAAGGGUUCUCAUAUGGGGACAGCCGAACAAUCCUUUUGGAAGAAGCCUUUUUUCUGAGAGUGUAAUGGUUGAAGCACACUGUCUGAUGUGACUUUGAUGUUGACUGGGAAUACCACGAGCUACUGUUAAACUAGCUCUUGGGGGGGGGGGGGGGGGGCUGUCCUUUCUGUUUUAUUUGUCCUUUAUCUCUCCUCUGCUUCCUUCUCUCUCUUCCUUUCAGAACCAUCAGCACUCUCUUCUCUCUUCUCUUCAUCUCUCUCCUUUUAUCUCUGCUGCUUCCUCCUCCUCCUCUCCUGUAUCCUCCAUGAUAAGGCUUUUACAGCAGGUCAAGUAUAGUUGAAAUGUAUUAAACACCCAUUACUGUGCUGUAUCUGUGGUCAGAGGGUUCUAGAGUGGUCUCUGGUCAAAAGUAGUGCACUAUGUAGGGAAUAGUGUGCCAUAGGGCGCUGGUCAAAAGUAGUAGACACAGAGAACAGUCAGAGACCAGACACAGAGAACAGUCAGAGACUAGACACAGAUAACACACAGAGACCAGACACAGAGAACAGUCAGAGAACAGACACAGAGACCAGACACAGAGAACAGUCAGAGACCAGACACAGAGAACAGUCAGAGACCAGACACAGAGAACAGUCAGAGACCAGACACAGAGAACAGUCAGAGACCAGACACAUAGAACAGUCAGAGAACAGACACAGAGACCAGACACAGAGAACACUCAGAGACCAGACACAAAGAACACUCAGAGACCAGACACAGAGAACACUCAGAGACCAGACACAGAGAAUUGGAUAUAAUCUGCAGUUUGUCUGUUGUGUUUGAAUAUGGAAGUGAUAACGUAAUCUGUUGACCUCACGUUGUCAUAAUGUUGACCUGCAGGUGACCUGGAGGCUCUGAAGAAGAAGAGUUUCACCAUGAAGGAAGGAGUGGACUACCGAGUGAAGAUACACUUCAAGGUGAGAACCUCCUCCCCUCUCCUCCUUUCUCCUGUUCUGCUCUGUUCUACUCUCUUCUGUUCUGUUCUGUUCUGUUCUUUUCUCUUCUGCUCGGUUCUUCUCUCUUUUUUCUUCUCUUCUGUUCUGUUCAGUUCUGCUCGGUUCUUCUCUCUUGUCUUCUGUUCUGCUCUGUUCUGUUCUGUUCUGUUCUGUUCUGCUCUGCUCUGUUCUUCUCUUUCCAAAUGUUUCAUUUUUUAUUGUUGUUGUUGUGACAGUAGAGAUCUCAGAGAGAUAGAUGGAGACGAUGAGAGUUCAAUUCCUCCUCUUCCUCUCUCUGUGUCCCUCAGUGCUCAGGAAGGUCUACUCAGUGUUAAUGGAGGUCUCCUCAGUGUUAUGGAGGUCUCAUCAGUGUUAAUGGAGGUCUCAUCAGUGUUAAUGGAUGUCUCAUUAGUGUUAAUGGAGGUCUCAUCAGUGUUAAUGGAGGUCUCCUCAGUGUUAAUGGAGGUCUCCUCAGUGUUGUGUUAAUGGAGGUCUCCUUAGUGUUAAUGGAGGUCUCCUCAGUGUUAAUGGAGGUCUCCUCAGUGUUAAUGGAGGUCUUCUCAGUGUUAAUGGAGGUCUCCUCAGUGCUGUACUAAUGGAGGUCUCCUCAGUGUUAAUGGAGGUCUCCUCAGUGCUGUACUAAUGGAGGUCUCCUCAGUGUUAAUGGAGGUCUCCUCAAUGUUGUGUUAAUGGAGGUCUCCUCAGUGUUAAUGGAGGUCUCCUCAGUGUUAUGAAGGUCUCAUCAGUGUUAAUGGAGGUCUCCCCAGUGUUGUGUUAAUGGAGGUCUCCUCAGUGUUGUGUUAAUGAAGGUCUCCUCAGUGCUGUACUAAUACAAGCUCUCCUCAGUGUUAAUGGAGAUCUCCUCAGUGUUAAUGGAGGUCUCCUCAGUGUUAAUGGAGGUCUCCUCAGUGUUAAUGGAGGUCUCCUCAUUGUUGUACUAAUGGAGGUCUCCUCAGUGUUAAUGGAGGUCUCCUCAGUGCUGUACUAAUGGAGGUCUCCUCAGUGUUAAUUGAGGUCUCCUCAGUGUUAAUGAAGGUCUCCUCAGUGUUAUUGGAGGUCUUCUCAGUGUUAAUGGAGGACACCUCAGUGCUGUACUAAUGGAGGUCUCCUCAGUGUUAUGGAGGUCUCCUCAGUGCUGUACUAAUGGAGGUCUCCUCAGUGCUGUACUAAUGGAGGUCUCCUCCAUGUUAAUGGAGGUCUCCUCAGUGUUAAUGGAGGUCUCCUCAAUGUUGUGUUAAUGGAGGUCUCCUCAGUGUUAAUGGAGGUAUCCUCAGUGCUGUACUAAUGGAGGUCUCCUCAGUGUUAAUGGAGGUCUCCUCAGUGUUAAUGGAGGACUCAUCAGUGUUAAUGAAGGUCUCCUCAGUGUUAAUGGAGGUCUCCUCAGUGCUGUACUAAUGGGACAGGUACUAUAAAUAUACCCUGUCCCAGUCCUGGCCGUCUGGUCCCAUGUUCCGGUCCUAGCCGUCUGGCCCCAUGUUCCGACCGUGAAGAAACAGAACAGAGAAAUAUACAGGACAGGAACAGCAACCAGACUCUAGUGGAUUGUUCUGGUACUGUCUAGAGACUGUUCUGAAGCAUUUUCAUUAAAUGAUAGCAUGUUCAUGGGCAUUACAGGGGCAUUACAGGGGCAUUACAGGGGCAUUACAGGGGCAUUACAGUAGAUUGUGUCCAGUAGAUUGUUGUGGUUUUAUUAGGGACUUUAUUUACAAUCUGAAGCCAUGUUACAUUGAGCAUGGAUGUAUUAGUAUUACUCAAUCUAGUUCUGGGGCUCAGAAUAACCCACUGGCCACAAACUGGUUCAAUCAAAUCAAAUCACAUACACAUAUUUAGCAGAUGUUAUUGCGGGUGUAGCGAAAUGCUUGUGUUCCUAGCUCCAACAGUGCAGUAGUAUCUAACAAUUCACAACAAUACACACAAAUCUGAAAGUAAAAGAAUGGAAUUAAGAAAUAUAUAAAUGUUAGGACGAGCAAUGUCGGAGUGGCUUUGACUAAAAUACAGUAUAUACAUAUGAGAUGAGUAAAGCGGUAUGUAAACAUUAUUAAAGUGACUAGUGUUCCAUUUUUAAAGUGACCAGUGAUUCCAUGUCUGUGUACAUAGGGCAGCAGCCUCUAAGGUGCAGGAUUGAGUAACCGGGUGGAAACCGCCUAGUGAUGGCUAUUUAACAGUCUGAUGGCCUUGAGAUAGAAGCUGUUUUUCAGUCUCUCGGUCCCAGCUUUGAUGCACCUGUACUGACCUCGCCUUCUGAAUGAUAACGGGGUGAAUGGGCCGUGGCUCGGGUGGUUGAUGUCCUUGAUUAUAUUUUUGGCUUUCCUGUGACAUCGGGUGCUGUAGGUGUCCUGGAGGGCUGGCAUUGUGCCCCCGGUGAUGCGUUGGGCAGACUGCACCACCCUCUGGAGAGCCCUGCGGUUGCGGGCGGUGCAGUUGCCGUACCAGGUGGUGAUGCAGCCCGACAGGAUGCUCUCAAUUGUGCAUCAGUAAAAGUUUGUGAGAGUCAUACAGUGAGGGAAAAAAGUAUUUGAUCCCCUGCUGAUUUUGUACGUUUGCCCACUGACAAAGAAAUUAUCAGUCUAUAAUUUUAAUGGCAGGUUUAUUUGAACAGUGAGAGACAGAAUAACAACAAAAAAAUCCAGAUAAAUGCAUGUCAAAAAUGUUAUGAAUUGAUUUUCAUUUUAAUGAGCGAAAUAAGUAUUUGACCCCCUCUCAAUCAGAAAGAUUUCUGGCUCCCAGGUGUCUUUUAUACAGGUAACGAGCUGAGAUUAGGAGCACACUCUUAAAGGGAGUGCUCCUAAUCUCAGCUUGUUACCUGUAUAAAAGACACCUGUCCACAGAAGCAAUCAAUCAAUCAGAUUCCAAACUCUCCACCAUGGCCAAGACCAAAGAGCUCUCCAAGGAUGUCAGGGACAAGAUUGUAGACCUACACAAGGCUGGAAUGGGCUACAAGACCAUCGCCAAGCAGCUUGGUGAGAAGGUGACAACAGUUGGCGUGGUUAUUCGCAAAUGGAAGAAACACAAAAGAACUGUCAAUCUCCCUUGGCCUGGGGCUCCAUGCAAGAUCUCACCUCGUGGAGUUGCAAUGAUCAUGAGAACGGUGAGGAAUCAGCCCAGAACUACAUGGGAGGAUCUUGUCAAUGAUCUCAAGGCAGCUGGGACCAUAGUCACCAAGAAAACAAUUGGUAACACACUACACCGUGAAGGACUGAAAUCCUGCAGCGCCCGCAAGGUCCCCCUGCUCAAGAAAGCACAUAUACAUGCCAGUCUGAAGUUUGCCAAUGAACAUCUGAAUGAUUCAGAGGAGAACUGGGUGAAAGUGUUGUGGUCUGAUGAGACCAAAAUGGAGCUCUUUGGCAUCAACUCAACUCGCCGUGUUUGGAGGAGGAGGAAUGCUGCCUAUGACCCCAAGAACACCAUCCCCACCUUCAAACAUGGAGGUGGAAACAUUAUGCUUUGGGGGUGUUUUUCUGCUAAGGGGACAGGAGAACUUCAUCCGCAUCAAAGGGACGAUGGACGGGGCCAUGUACCGUCAAAUCUUGGGUGAGGACCUCCUUCCCUCAGCCAGGGCAUUGAAAAUGGGUCGCGGAUGGGUAUUCCAGCAUGACAAUGACCCAAAACACACAGCCAUGGCAACAAAGGAGUGGCUCAAGAAGAAGCACAUUAAGGUCCUGGAGUGGCCUAGCCAGUCUCCAGACCUUAAUCCCAUAGAAAAUAUGUGGAGGGAGCUGAAGGUUCGAGUUGGCAAACGUCAGCCUCAAAACCUUAAUGACUUGGUGAAGAUCUGCAAAGAGGAGUGGGACAAAAGCCCUCCUGAGAUGUGUGCAAACCUGGUGGCCAACUACAAGAAACGUCUGACCUCUGUGAUUGCCAACAAGGGUUUUGCCACCAAGUACUAAGUCAUGUUUUGCAGAGGGGUCAAAUACUUAUUUCCCUCAUUAAAAUGCAAAUCAAUUUAUAACAUUUUUGACAUGCGUUUUUCUGGAUUUUUUUGUUGUUAUUCUGUCUCUCACUGUUCAAAUAAACCUACCAUUAAAAUAAUCGACUGAUCAUUUCUUUGUCAGCGGGCAAACGUACAAAAUCAGCAGGGGAUCAAAUACUUUUUUCGCUCACUGUAGGUGCCAAGCCAAAUUUCUUCAGCCUCCUGAGGUUGAAGAGGCUCUGUUGCGCCUUCUUCACUACACUGUCUGCGUGGGUGGACCAUUUCAGUUUGUCCCGUCGAUGUGGAUAGGGGGGUGCACCCUCUGCUGUUUCCUGAAGUCCACGAUCAUCUCCUUUGUUUUGUUGACAUUGAGUGAGAGGUUAUUUUCCUGCCACCACACUCCCAGAGCCCUUACCUCCUCUGCUGCUCCUGCGUUGUUUCCAUGUCGUUUCAACAAAAAUAUUCAAUGUCACGACGUUGAAUCAAUGUGGGAAACUGAUUGGAUUUGCAAAAAAGUAAUCAACGUAAUGGAAUUAUUAUUUUUUAACAACAUUUUUAACCUAAAUACAAUUGCAUGGUGACAUUUUGUGUUGAUUUCAUGUUGAAUUCAUGUUAGUUGACAACUCAACCAAAUGUAAAUAAAAAUUAGACGUUGAAAUGACGUCUGAAGAAGUUGUAGGUGCCAUUGAAAAGUAGUGAGAAAGAUUGGAGAGUGAUCUAUUUUGUUUAGACCCAUUCUAAUUCAUGGUUACAGUAGCAUUACCACUUCUACUUGGGUAUGAAAUAUCGUUUACAGGUUCUAAGACAGAUUAUUGUGGAAUCAGAUAGGAACAGAUAAAACUCUGAGAUACUCUGGUCUAGUCUGGGAUUCUAUUGCACCUUUUAAAGGCAAUGUUCCUGUGUAGGCGGAGACUGCAUUCAUGGUAGGCGCUGCAUAUGUCAGCUCUGUCUGAAAUGAUGUGCGUUGUCAACAAAGUGCGAUGGAAUUGAAUCCCGGCCAUAGUCUAGAUCUUCCCUUACGUGAGAAAAGUCUCCCUCUUUGAAAACAGUCCCUAGAUGAAAAACAGUGGUGUAUGAUUUAUCUGGGGUCCUGUGUGUGUGUGCCCCUACAUAUAGUAACUCCUCUCCUCUCCUCUCCUCUCCUCUCCUCUCCUCUCCUCUCCUCUCCUCUCCUCUCCUCUCCUCUCCUCUCCUCUCCUCUCCUCUCCUCUCCUCUCCUCUCCUCUCCUCUCCUCUCCUCUCCUCUCCUCUCCUCUCCUCUCCUACCCUCCCUUCUCCUCUCCUCUCCUUACCCUCCCUUCUCCUCUCCUCUCCUUACCCUCUCCUCUCCUCUCCAGGUUAACAGGGAUAUUGUGUCUGGACUGAAGUACGUCCAUCUGACCUACAGGAAAGGACUCAGAGGUAAGGUGGACACCAUUUUGUACCGAACUGUGGAUUAGCUGUGCUGUUUAGACCCAUAGACCGUGUCAGUUUCCCCCACAUACACUUAAAACCUGAUUACCAACUGUGCAACUGAGCCGCGAUUUGGUGUGUUGUCACUGACACAAAUUGUCACAGUUUCCACUACAUACAGUGCCUUGCAAAAGUAUUCAUCCCCCUUGGCGUUUUUCCUAUUUUGUUGCAUUACAACCUGUAAUUUAAAUUGAUUUUUAUUUGGAUUUCAUGUAAUGGACAUACACAAAAUAGUCCAAAUUGGUGAAGUGAAAUGAAAAAAAAUAUAUAACUGAAAAGUGGAGCAUGCAUAUGUAUUCACCCCCUUUGCUAUGAAGCCCCUAAAUAAGAUCUGGUGGAACCAAUUACCUUCAGCAGUCACAUAAUUAGUUAAAUAAAGUCCACAUGUGUGGAAUCGAAGUGUCACAUGAUCUGUCACAUGAUCUCAGUAUAUAUACACCUGUUCUGAAAGGCCCCAGAGUCUGCAACACCCCUAAGCAAGGGGCACCACCUAGCAAGCAGCACCAUGAAGACCAAGGAGCUCUCCAAACAGGUCAGGGACAAAGUUGUGGAGAAGUACAGAUCAGGGUUGGGUUAUAAAAAAAUAUCUGAAACUUUGAACAUCCCACGGAGCACCAUUUAAAUCCAUUAUUAAAAAAUGGAAAGAAUAUGGCACCACAACAAACCUGCCAAGAGAGGGCCGCCCACCAAAACUCACGGACCAGGCAAGGAGGGCAUUAAUCACAGAGGCAACAAAGAGACCAAAGAUAACCCUGAAGGAGCUGCAAAGCUCCACAGCGGAGAUUGGAGUAUCUGUCCAUAGGACCACUUUAAGCCGUACACUCCACAGAUCUGGGCUUUACGGAAGAGUGGUCAGUUGCUUAAAGAAGAAAAUAAGCAAAAACGUUUGGUGGAAGAAGGUACCUUGGUCAGAUGAGACUAAAAUUGAGCUUUUUGGCCAUCAAGGAAAACGCUAUGUCUGGCGCAAACCCAACACCUCUCAUCACCCCGAGAACACCAUCCCCACAGUGAAGCAUGGUGGUGGCAGCAUCAUGCUGUGGGGAUGUUUUUCAUCGGCAGGGACUGGGAAACUGGUCAGAAUUGAAGGAAUGAUGGAUGGCGCUAAAUAUAGGGAAAUUCUUGAGGGAAACCUGUUUCAGUCUUCCAGAGAUUUGAGACUGGGAUGGAGGUUCACCUUCCAGCAGGUCAAUGACCCUAAGCAUACUACUAAAGCAACACUCAAGUGGUUUAAGGGGAAACAUUUAAAUGUCUUGGAAUGGCCUAGUCAAAGCCCAGACCUCAAUCCAAUUGAGAAUCUGUGGUAUGACUUAAAGAUUGUUGUACACCAGCGGAACCCAUCCAACUUGAAGGAGCUGGAGCAGUUUUGCCUUGAAGAAUGGGCAAACAUCCCAGUGACUAGAUGUGCCAAGCUUAUAGAGACAUACCCCACAAGACUUGCAGUAUGUCUCUAUACUUUUCUGUUUUUUUGUCUUAUUUCUUGUUUGUUUCACAAUAUAAAUUAUUUUGCAUCUUCAAAGUGGUAGGCAUGUUGUGUAAAUCAAAUGAUACAAACCCCCAAAAAAUCCAUUUUAAUUCCAGGUUGUAAGGCAACAAAAUAGGAAAAAUGCCAAGGGGGGUGAAUACUUUCGCAAGCCACUGUAUACUAAACCCUGGCUAGCAAGUGUGCAACUGUGCCGCCAUUUUGUGUGUUGUCAUUGACACAAGAUGUCACAGUUUCCCCCACCUUCACCUAAAACCUGGCUAGCAAGUGUGCAACUGAACGUCCAUUUUGUGUCUUGCAGUGGACAAGGCGGUGUACAUGGUGGGCAGCUACGGGCCGCGGGUGGAGGAGCACGAGUUCAUGACCCCGGUGGAGGAGGCGCCCAAAGGCAUGAUUGUCCGAGGCAGCUACCACAUCAAGUCCCACUUCACCGACGACGACAAGACCGACCACCUCUCCUGGGAGUGGAACUUGGGGAUCAAGAAGGACUGGGACGAUUAGAGAGGAGCCUCAUUCCUCUCUCUCCCCUCCCCUCUCCCUGUAUCUCCCACUCCCUGUGUCUCCCCCUCCUUCCCUCUCCCUGUGUCUCUCCCUGUGUCUCUCCCUCUCCCUGUGUCUCUCCCCGUGUCUCUCCCUCUCCCUGUGUCUCUCCCUCUCCCUGUGUCUCUCUCUCUCCCUGUGUCUCUCCCUCUCCCUGUGUCUCCCCCUCUCCCUGUGUCUCUCCCUCUCCCUGUGUCUCUCCCUCUCCCUGUGUCUCUCCAUGUGUCUCUCCCUCUCCCUGUGUCUCUCCAUGUGUCUCUCCCUCUCCCUGUGUCUCUCCCUGUGUCUCUCCCUGUGUCUCUCCCUCUCCCUGUGUCUCCCCCUCUCCCUGUGUCUCCCCCUCUCCCUGUGUCUCUCCCUCUCCCUGUGUCUCUCCCUCUCCCUGUGUCUCUCCUGUGUCUCUCCCUGUGUCUCUCCCUCUCCCUGUGUCUCUCUCUCUCCCUGUGUCUCUCCCCUCUCCCUGUGUCUCUCCCUCUCCGUGUCUCCCCCUCUCCCUGUGUCUCAACCUCUCCCUGUGUCUCCCCCUCUCCCUGUGUCUCUCCCUCUCCCUGUGUCUCUCCCUCUCCCUGUGUCUCCCCCUCUCCCUGUGUCUCCCCCUCUCCCUGUCUCUCCCUCUCCGUGUCUCUCCCUCUCCCUGUGUCUCCCCCUCUCCCUGUGUCUCCCCCUCUUGUUGUCCCUCCAUCCUUCCUCUCUUCCUCUCUCCCUCCUCUUCCCCUCUCCCUCCAAGGCCCACCUGUAUAACAGUAAAAGACAGAGACAGGUAUGAAAGGUGUAAACAGGAAGUUAGGUUAGGCACAGUCUAGAACGAGACAGAGAGGAUGUUGUCAUAAACCAAACCAGGAAGUAUACAUCAUAGUAGACAACUGAACAUGGUGGGCUACAUCCCAAAAUGCCCCUCUAUUCCCUAUAUAGUGCACUACCAACAGAGCCCUGGUCUAAAGUAGUGCACUAUGUAGGGAAUAGGGUGCCAUUUGGGACACAGGGGGUAUGAACUGUAGGUGGAGACCCACUGCUCUAUCUGUGAGGUCAUCUGAUGUCCUCUACUAUAGUGUGUUAACUGAAGUGGAUCAAAUGAAAGUUAAACAUGUGGGACUCACUCAUACAUUGAAGUUGGAGUAUGGAGAUGUAUUUAUACCCCAUAGUGAGAGGAAGAUUCUAGGUUAUUCUAAAGUGUUGUAUUCUGGAAGUUGUCAGUUCAACAAGGUUUCACUGAGCAGUCCUUUGUAAUGUUAUCAGUUAGAAUGUUUGACGACAGCGUGUCUCAUACUCCUCAAGAAGUUACCAUCUUCUGAGUUCUACAUCUAGAAUGACCAUCUUCUAA